GGCGGAAGAAGGCGGGCUCUCGACGGGGCCGCGAUGGCUGACGAGGGAGGGCAGCCUCCGCCGAAAGGGCCCUCCUGCCGUGCCGGCCUCCCCGCGCGAUAUUUCUGCACGGCGGGGCGCGGGAUGGAGCCUUUCCUGCUGAGGGAGGUGCGGACUCGGCUGGACGCCGCGCAGGUGGAAUAUGUAUCGGGAAAAGUCUUCUUCACCACCAGUGCAGAGCUAAGGAUGCUGAAGGAGCUGAAGUCUGCGGAGCGGUUGUUUUUGCUGCUGAAUAAAUAUCCUCCACUUUCCAUCUCUAGAAAUAAAGGAAGAGUAAUUCAUGACAUUCAAAAACUUGUAAAUGAGACUCCCAAGCAUUGGCUGGAUAUGGUUACUCUUUGGAGAAGUCUUCAUUGCCAGGAGGUGAAAGAAGAAAACAGGUGUGAGGAAUGUCCAGACUCCCAGAAACGGAAACUGGAAGAGGAGGGCGGCAUCCAAAACAAAAAACAGAAGAGAGAACUAAUACCGGAGACAGUUUCUGAUGAAACUCAAAUAGAAAACCAACAGAGCUGUAACACCUCCGAGGUUCGUAACUGCAACGGCUUGUCUUCGGGCAGAUCAUUUCUGGAAAAGACUCCUGAACUUAUUCAAGAGAAAUCUGGCGAGAGCAGCAGUUGCUUCAACUUCAGAGUGUCUUGCCGCUGUAGUGGAACCCUUGCAAAAAUAUUUACUGCUCAGGAGAUGGGGAGGAUAAUUGGAACAGCUCUUAUGAAGAAUUUUGGGUGGAAAGCAGAUUUGAGAAAUCCUGACAUAGAGAUCUUUGUACAUCUAAAUGACAUUUACUCUGUGAUUGGGAUUCCUGUUUUCAGACUUCCCUUGGCAAGCAGAUCAUAUAUCAGAACUGCUGGGUUGCGAUCUACCGUUGCUUGGGCAAUGGCAUCCCUUGCUGAAAUCAAGGCAGGUGCAUUUGUACUGGAUCCUACAUGUGGGCUAGGAACAAUACUCCUAGAAGCAGCAACCGAAUGGCCUAAUGUGCAUUAUUUAGGGACUGACAUAAGUGAUUCACAGUUAGGAGGAGCCUACUCUAAUAUUAAAGCUGCAGGCCUAGUGGAUAAAAUCGGGUUACUGAAAGCUUCUGUGACAGCGUUGCCAUUUCAGUCGGAAAGCAUUGAUGUUGUUCUUGCGGACAUCCCCUUUGGAAAGAAGUUCAAAAUAACAAAAGACAUGACCUUACUGCAAGACGUUUUUCAAGAAAUCGAAAGGGUGCUUUGUGAUGGAGGGAUUGUUGUGCUGCUACUUAGUCAAGAGCUCUACAAGCGCCUCUCUGGUGACAUUGCCAGCAGCCUAGGUACUGAGAACUGCAACCUUGCUGAGUCUAUGAGUCCUUGCAAACAAAGGGCCAUGAUGCCAGUCAACAACACCAAAGGAAGAAGCAUUGGCCCCACGACUGUUCCCCUAUCAACUCAAGAGGCAGAGAGAGAAGACACCAGCGAUAAAAGGACGACUUUUGGCUCACUGGUGCUGGUGGAAUCCUUGGAAGUUAGCCUUGGCAAAACAGAUGCAUUCAUAUGCAAGUAUAAGAAGGUAACAGGAGGUUUUGCAAGAAGUUAGCAGCAUUCAGCAAGUGUGCAUGAAGCAGUUUGGAGCUUCUGCUUCAAACCAUAUGGAUCUGGAGCAGCUGAGCUUUGGUGAGCCCAGAGCUCAGGCAUCAGAAUUGCCUUAGCGUCUGUACCUCCAGUGGGCCCCAAAGGUAUGUAGCAAGGGUCUCCAAAUGUGAAGGCCCAAAUGUGAAGGGAUGUUUAAUUCCUUUUCCAAUCUAGAUGGAAAAGAGAAGGUGUGGUUAGUGUAAACGGCUUGCUGGCAGGCAGCUUUAUUAGGGAUGUGGUGCGGUUCACCCCUAACCCUCUCAAAGCAGCCUUCUAGGAAAGCAAGUUGCCGACCAGGAGCCAAUAUAGCAUGCCAGACAAAGGAGUUGGUGGCAGUCCUUGGUGCUUACAUGGGACCAUUUUGCCACAGUAGGGUGGGGAUCAAGACAGGCUGUGGCAUUGUGUGCUGCAGUGCUGAUGUGGUAAAUCACAGGGGUGCAAAAAUGUCUGCCUUUUUUGAGAGCAGACGUGUGGCUUAUAUACCUGGCUGUGUCUCCUGUGUCUUUAACAAAAUCUGGACAUGGCUGUAGUCUGGCCGCAUUUGACCACGAAACGGUAACUUCCAUGCUUGAUAGUGCAUUAUACAUAUCGCAAGCCAAGUGAGGGAGGAAUUUAAGGUGACUGUUCCAUCUCUCCCCCCCCCCGCCCCCCGCUCCUGAUCACCCCUUGGAAGUGCACUGAGAAGGAGAGGGUGAAGCUCCGUUGCACAGGGCUUCUGCUGAUUGGGCUCUUUGGGCUCCUACCCUUUAUGCUUGCACUAAUUUUAAUUGCUUUGGAAGAAAUGGCUUUCUUUUCUUUCUCUUGUUUCAUAAGUAAACCAAAAUAAACAUGAUUGGAAAAUUCCAGUAUGCUUUUCAGAAUGGUGUAAAAUUAUAGUGAUGUUAUUCAGAAAGGUACAAAGUAGUACAGCCACAUAACUGGAGACAGAGUUUUUAACUCAUGGUUGUAUUUUUGUCUUAAACUUACAUGACGGUUUAAGAAGGACCCAUUUCCAAGUCACUCACUCGGAAAUUUUUACAAACACUUUCAACGGAAGUUCUACCACAAAACUUUUUUUAGACAAAGAGGCUGAGGUUGUACAACAGAUGUUACUUCCAACAAUAUUAAAUGUCAUAUAGUCGUUUUUGUACAAUUAAACUCGUUUAUACAUGGCAUUUGGCUUCGUAUGAAAUACAAAAUGUAUUUCAGAGAGAUACAUUAAAAGCAGGAAUCUAGCUACCGCAGAAUAGUCAAGUGAGUAGUUUAAAACUUUUUCUACUAUAGGGACUGCUAGUGGCAUUUUGGUUUACUGAAGAGGUCCCCCUCCCGCACUCUGCAAGUCAUUCCCCUUCAGCUGCUUCCCUACAUUACUGCUAAAACAAAUUGCCCACCCACUUACAACAUCAGAACUCUUCACAGUCUCUCACACAAUACCAUUCGGUAACCACUAAAGAUACCUAAAGGAGAAGGUUUAUUUCACUUAAAGUCUAAAGUAUUUUACAGUGCAAUCUUAUACGUGUCAACUCAGAAGUAAGUCCUACUGAGUUCAAUUGGGCUUACCCCCAAGCAAGUGGGUAUAGGAUUACAACCUAAGACUAGCCGAGGGUAAUAGGGGAAUAGAGUUGAGAUUUGGGAAGUUCUGGUUUUUGUUGUUGUUGGUUGUUAAUUACCUUAUGUACAAACCUCUGCUAAAUAAAACAGCCCUACAUUGUCAA